UGUCAUCUGUGCUGCGAACCGCGAACUGAUAACGUCUGACCGUUGUGAUUACAUCAUCGAUAGCUGGCGUCCAUUGAGCAGUUAAAAGAAAAGCGACAAUAGUUGACGCAGAUUACGCAGACGUGUACACGCAGGCAGGAAAGUACAGAGCCAACGAUAUAGGAACGCUUGGAAAUACUCACGGAUAAAAGAUACUACGAGAAGGAGUUUGCUUUGGCCAUUUAGAGGUGAAUUUUUGGAUAGGAGACGACAAGGAGAUCCGAAAAUUCAUAAUCUACCCUUGGUGACACGAGCGAACGGGAUUUUAACUUUUAAAGAUAAACGGUCACAUUAUCACAGCGCUGAAGCACCCCUGACCAUUGCCAAAGGAUGGACGUCACCUUAAGAAAGCUCUAUUUGGGACUGUUAUUGAUCUUAGAAGCCAUUAACAGUGGUUGUGCUCAAGGAAACCACGAAAAGGAUUACGAACACAUGUUGAUGCGAGACCUUUUCAGAGACUACAACAAGGACUCCCGCCCUGUAUUCAACAAAAGCACAGCAGUGGAUGUGGAGUUAGACGUGGCUUUUAGCCAGCUUGUCGAGUUGGACGGCAAGGAUCAAAUAUUAUCAAGCAAGAUAUGGAUUCGCCAGAAAUGGAAUAAUCCUUUCCUUGCAUGGAAGCCAGACAAAUACAAUAACAUUAGUGUUAUCAACGUAGAUCCAAAGUUGGUUUGGAAGCCAGAUCUCGUCUUAUACAACAACAUUGGUAUUGGCCAGACGGGAGCGAUAUACAACUUUGACACAAAAGUGGUCAUAUACAGCGACGGAACUCACUAUUGGUAUGCCCCAACUGAGAUCAAAAGCAUCUGUAAAAUCGACAUCACCUACUUUCCAUUUGACGAGCAAAUAUGUCCACUCACCUUUGGUUCCUGGACCUACACAGGAGUUCAUUUGAAUCUGACGAAUAAAGCGCCAACAGCAGAUCUGAGCAAGUACACGAUCAGCGGCGAAUGGGAAUUAGUCGCCAUGCCAUCAAAACGCAACGUUGUUAAGUACAGUUGCUGCCCAGACCCCUAUAUUGACGUUACGUACAAGGUUCACGUUCGUCGCAAGGUGCUCUUCUACCUGACUAAUCUGAUCUUACCUUGUGUUGUACUUGCAGUGCUAACAGUGUUUUCGUUUAGCCUGCCACCCGAGUCAGGCGAGAGGAUUUCUCUUGUCAUAACUAUUCUACUGGGUCUAACAGUGUUCAUGUUGGUGUUCACAGAGAACGUUCCCCGCACUUCAGAGGUGAUUCCGCUGAUUGUGAAGUUCGCAUUCACAGUCAUGUGCGAGGUUUCAUUCGCCCUGCUAAUCACGUGUUUCAUCGUUAGGAUUUACCACAAAGAUCCUGGCAAACCCAUGCCGGCAUUCUAUCGUUAUAUCACGUACAAGUUGCUAGCACCAGUCCUCAGAAUGCAGCCUGUUCCGGCAGGGCAUCAUGAUAGACGACACUGCAAGGAGCAUCUCGAGAGGACGAAACACAGCCACUUUCGUCACCGCAAACCUCGUGCAUACAUCAGCAAACUGUUCGGCAACUACCCCAAAGAGACCAGCUGUCGAUUGGAGUUAGAUAAGCAAGGGGACGACAUCACUGACGUAAGCUCGGGGACUUCGAGGCAGUCAGACCCAAUGAAAUGUCCUUCGUUAGAUAAACUAGAAGACAUAACAUUUGGUUUGCACGCCAUCAUCGAUCACUUAAAAGACAUUAAGGCCAACGAGUUUAACAAGAAUGACUGGCAUUUCGCAGCAAGAGUGCUGGACACUUUCUUCUUUUGGCUCUUAUUAAUAGCAUUUGUAAUAUCGACAACUUUGUUUUACUUCUCAAUUCCAUGAUUCUAGUGCUUCGAUGCUGGUAAUUGAACGUAGUUAGCAAACCACAGUAAAUGGUUGUAAACGGAUCCAUAUAUGAUUGCGAGCUUCGUAGGGUUCAGUUGAUUUGAAUAAGUCAGAGUGGUGGAUUGAUCUUCAAGAAUAGGUACUGAUAUCAGUAAGAACGUGAAUAGCCUAUAGCCUCAAAGAAAGGGCACUAUUGGCAGCGUGGGAAAGUCUGUACACUUUUCCACGUACAAGAUCAAAAUAUCACCUCUCAGUACCAUGUGCCAUGACUUUUUCACUCUAAGAAGUUGGCGCUGAAAGCUUUUGGCGUUAAAACCGUUAUCACCUUUCCACCUGAAAAUGUUGUGAUAUUUCAAAUAGAAAGUCCUCUCUGGUCACUCCUGGCAGUGAAAGUCUUUAAAGGAGCAAUGUUGCUAUAUUUUGACCUAUUUCGUGGCGUUGUGCAAAACUGCUUUUUUUUUCAAGGUAAUUACAGAAAGGUAUAACAAAAAUUGAAGAAAUAAAGUUCCAACGGGGCACAAGAAUGGCAAAGAUUAAAACAGAUUGCUCAGAACAAAAUUGAAAAAUUUAGGCGAAACACAAAAUGUGAUUUCGCUCCCUUGAUAAAACGAGGAAGAGUUAAUAAUUGAGUGGCAUCUUUAGAAGCCAUGUGCAGCCUCAUAAACACGACUUAGGCUAAACCUUCAAAUUUACAACUAGUAGGACAAUGUAGAUAAGGUACAUUGUAAUUGAGCGCUUAAUGUUGAAAGGCUUAGUAUAGUAUAUAGAAACUAAUAAUUUGUAACACUUUCCAAGUUGGUGCCAAGGUCAUAAUUAGAGAAUAGCAUUUAAAAAAUGUUUAUCAGAGACUUUUUAAUGCUUGCGAAACAGAAAAAUACGUUGUAGAAGGUUGUAGAUAGCAUAUUGAACACAUAAGAGCACUUUUCGGUUGAGUUUCCUUGAAUCCCAGCGAAAACAGUCUCAACAACCGAUCAGAAUUUGGGAAAAAAUCAUAAGGAUAAGGAACCAAUAAGAACUAAACUUGAAAACAAGGAAACUGCCUGAAGCGCGGGAAAAGGCGAGUGACCAAGUCGCGCUUGGUUUUAGUUUUGUUUCUACUUGGUAGGUGGCGUUCCUUUUCUGGACCAACAACAGGGCUGAGUAAACCAAAACCAAUGCACUCUCGCUGAUUACUUUUAACUCACAACUGAAAAUUGCUCUAUACGUGCGAAAUGCAUAGAAAUUAUUCGCGGUUCCUUUACAAAGGAUAUGUAGCUACGCCAAAAAAACUACUGGUCAGUUCAAACUGACCAUUAAACAUGUAAACCAUAUAAAAAUUUUUUUAAUCUUUUGAAAAUGAUCACAAUCGCACAUAGUUCGGUGUAUUUUUUGUGUUGUAAUUUUUUUAGUAAUUGAGUUGUUAAAAAUAUUUUGUCGCUCUAAAAUACUUGUUCGGAAGGGGUGGCGUAUGCUUACCAUGUAAAUGGACUUGAAAAGAAUUAAAAAAU